UUUAAUGUCACUGUUAGUUGGUAUUUAUCUCGAAUGGUACCGUCGAUAGGCCCGUCGCGACGCCCGCUAGCGUCGGAAGUGGAUCUCCCCUCGGCAGAGGCGCGCCUCGGGAUGUCCCGGCGACGAUGUCAGAAUUCGGAGUGCGCGAUGAUGUUCACCGUGUGAUGUGAUGCGCGAGGAAGUUGCAAGAGCGUCUUCUUGGAAGCGGGGCGCAAAAAGUCGCGCGGGGCCAGGGUCGACCACUGGAUCCUCCCUCUCCAGCCCGGGUGAGGGAACGGGUGAACGACGCGAAGGACGGCGAGUGGGGUCCGGAGCGCAGUAUGGAAAUAAUCUGUCGGACGGUGGCACGUAGCAGUGCUCCGAUCCGCGGUGGAGUCCACGAGGGAGCGACGACGGCCGUCAGGUCGUCCGCCGCACGACGCACACGAUGAUAUAGUCCUGAGGCGGUGAUUUCGCCUUGCGAAAGGGAAGAGAGAGAGAGAGAGAGAGAGAGAGAGAGAGAGAGAGAGAGAGAGAGAGAGAGAGAGAGAGAGAGAAGAGCGACCAGAGCAAGCAUUCGUCAUGUUCCACUACCUGCAUCUCAGGAGUCGUUUUCUACAGAUCCUGAUCCUCGCGUUGAUCGGCCUGACUUUUUACGCGUACUACCGUACCGCCGUGUAUGAUGUUCGCCAAUACAAUUUGCCUCGAAACACUAGUUACUCUCCGGCGUACCAAGAAGGCCUUCACAUACACGUAAAUUGCAGCCUGCCCAAAAACUCCAGUUCGGACAGCAUGUCUCUCAGCCCAUACGCAGCACACAACGCUAGUAACAACUCCUCGAUUUUCACCACGCUGUCGAUGUCCUCCAGUGUCCAAUCCUUGUCCUCGUCGUCUUCCGCGAGCACGUUGGUCAGCUCGAAGCAGAGCACAAACGAGAAGCUUCAGACGGCGAGACUUAUCAACAUGACCAGGUCGGCGCCGAUCGCGAUUCGGAAUGAUUCGGCACGUGCCAUAUACGAGGCCGGGCACACAGUGUCGAUUCCCGAACGUUGCCCGAAUCUCGGCAAAGACAUGGACCUAGUGGUGAUCGUGAUGUCUGCGCCGACUCAUCUCGAAGCGCGAACGGCGAUUCGGCAGACCUGGGGUCACUUUGGCCAACGCAGCGAUAUGAGCGUGCUCUUCAUGCUCGGCACCACCCUCGACGCAAGGGUAGAAAAGAUCUUACGUAAAGAGCAAAACAUGUACAAUGACGUGAUACGCGGCCGUUUCCUCGACUCGUACUCGAAUCUCACGCUUAAGACCAUCUCGACGUUAGAGUGGGUCGAUACCUACUGCUCCAAAGUCAAAUAUCUGCUGAAGACUGACGACGAUAUGUUCAUCAACGUGCCGCGAUUGUUGGCGUUCGUGUACAAGCAUGCGAAGGACCGUAAUAUAAUAUUCGGCCGUCUGGCCAGAAAGUGGAAGCCAAUCCGGAAUCGUAAGAGCAAAUACUACGUGUCGCAGGCACAAUUCCAACAGCCGAUAUUCCCGGAUUUUACCACUGGACCGGCGUAUCUCUUAUCAAGCGACACGGUGCGCCGUUUGUACGACGCUGCUCUAGAUCAGACAUAUCUGAAGCUCGAGGACGUGUUCACCACGGGUAUCGUCGCGCACAGAUUAGGUAUCAAACGUUCGCAUGCCAACGAGUUCCUGAACAAACGGAUACAAUACACCGCCUGCAAUAUUCAGCGUGGCAUCAGCAUACACAUGGUCAAGUACAGCGAGCAGUUUGACCUCUGGAAGAAGCUGCUUGACGGUAAGAGUAAGUGCAAGUGAUAACCGAGGCCGAAGACGACGAAGGUCCUACGCUUGACCCUAGCGAACCAAGUGGUACGAUCGUUACCGCCUUAACUACUGCAAUUCGAGUGCCGGUUAAAUGCCGACGUUUCACUGACACAACUUACACGUGUAUACACGCAAUCGCACACAUACACAUGAAUGCAUUCGGCUUAAGUGCAAGUGAGUGGCACAUAUGGAAAGUGAAUGAGAAAUUGUAUGCCGCGAAACGACAUAGAGAUUUCGCCGCUUAAAUUUUUACACGGUGUAUCUCAAUCGUGUCAUCGAUCAAGCUUUCCUCACAGAGGUCGAACAAAAGUGGUAACAUUUUAUGGAAAGAUGGAAAGAUUUCCGAAAUCGGGAAGACAGAAUCUACUAUUUUAUAUCUUUUAUAUAUCUCUCUGAAUUCCAAAGAAAUAUUUUUAUUAUCGUAGAAUCCACGUUGUAAAAUAUUAUUCCAUGUAAGAUAAAAAAAUUUUAUUAUCUCGAAAAGAGAAAGAGAAGUGUCUUCUGUGCAUGAGAUAAUCACGAGCAUUUUUGUAACUUUGUCGACCUCUGCUCUUUUUAUAUCUGGUGCUAAAAUGUUUUCUUGUAAAUGCGAUCGCUCACCUUUUUGUCGCUAAUUGAAACUAUCGAUUGAACGUAAUAACGUAACGAGAAAAUUAGUUAUCAUUAUGAAAGUACGAUGAAUAUUCAUUCGACUAACUGUUGCAAAAUCCGUGAGGAAAUUGAUAAUUACUUAUUUUAAUUACAAUAUAUGCAUACAUAUGAUAUUACGUUGCUCCAUUCACUUAAAUGUUUUAAUUAUUAGAGUAUAACGAAGAAAAAGUUCACGCUAUUACAAAUAUAUUUUGCUCACCGAAUAAAAAUUCAAGUUCUUGAAAA